AUGUUUCUGGAAAGUGCUGCAGGGGCCCUGGAUGUUUCUACAUCCAGCUCAAAGGCUUCUGUCCUGAGAAGAGCUGCAGAGAGUUCCCAUACAGCCAUUCAGCUGUGCGUAGUCAACACAGGGGGCCCAGCAGACACAACUUCUCUUCCUCAGUGGAAAACGGGGCUCGUGUCUGAUAACACAACGUGGUGCGUUAUCGACCGCGGCUUUGAGCUGAUCCCAGUGUGGGACGUCAUCCUGUGCAAUCACAGUGGGGAUUUUAAGUCUGUUGGUCAGAUGAGCAGAGCCCUCAGGGAUGCGUACAAAGCGCUGAUGAAUGAGAGUUUUGGCACCAUUUUUGGAGAGGACCUGGGCAGUGCAGUGCAAGAGGCCAGAGAUUUCAUGGAGACUGUGAAAGCCUGGGAGGUGACAGUGGAUGAAAGGAAGCUGCACAUGCUGAUGGAGUUAAAAAAUGAUCUGAAUGCAAAAACCAGGAACCCCAGUGUGUGGAUCAACGUGUGCCUGUCAGACAAAACCCUGCAGGACUUCCUGGUGAACACCGUGCAGAGCUGCAAGGAGUCACCUCCAGAAAACACCAUCUCUAUCAAGGCAAUGUUGAGAAUCCUCCUGGAUCCUCAUAUCUACGCUGUCAAAGACUUCCCUGAGGCUUCUUUCAUUAUGAAAUGGAUCUUCCAGAAUGAGCACCCGCUUCCCAGAUCUCCCAAAAUCUCUGAGCUUGAAGAACUCAUCAAAACACUGCAGGAAAUGAAGGAGCACAUCUAUGCUGUCACCUACGCACCAGGAAGCUCUGCUUCUGCUGUUCAUGAAGCAAAGAUAAAAGCCACCCUGACCAGCAGCCUCGCCAUUUAUUCCUUACUCCAGUCUCUCCAGGAACGGGCUGAGAAGAACAUGGAACUCUUGGUGCUCUUGAUUGUGACCAGCACAGGGUACCAGGUGGAAAGCAGCACUUUUCAGCACCUCCUUGGACACCCAGAAAUUCUGUACAUGGUCAAGGAAAUGGAAGCGGCACAUGAGGAGUACGUGAACCUGAAGGAGCAGGAUGCUGACACAGCUGAGGCCUCCCUUCUGCUGAUGGGUCUGACUGUGACACCAGAAAGUCAAAAGCUGUCCCCUGAGAAGAAAAGGGAGCGUUUAGUUUUCAUGGAAGAUCACAUGAAAGGCUUGUGGUCCACACGGAUAAAGAAUCUCCUCCAAAAACACAGUGCAGAUGGAGACUGGGAAGACUGGGAGAGGCUGGAACAGGACCUGCAUUCCUUGGUCAGUGGGUGCUUGGAUGAGAAAUGGGAUGAAGAGAAGAUGCAGAAGAUAGUAAGAGACCUGGAGGACUCUUUUGCAAAACCUGAGCCACCCAGACUUUCCCAAUCCAAGUCAGACAUCAGCCAGUCGAAAACAAAUGAAACCACUGCAAACCAGGAGUUCCUCCAGUUGCUCAAGUGCCUGGGACUUGCAAGUCACUAUCCAAGAAAAAUGGGGAUGGGAGAUUUCCUCACCAUCUGCAAGGUAUCUUGGCAAGACAGCCAGCCCAGCAAGGACAAGGAACUGCCCUUCUACUUCUUGCAAAAGCUGUUAACUGUGGAUUACCAGGUGAGGUACUUGACUUGCUGGGAUGACAGCAUCACAAAAUUUACACCCAUGCCACAAACCACUGCAAAUGAUCACCAAACCUCAGACAGCUUUGAAGAGUUUUUUGAUGAUUUGGAGGAAGCAGCCCCUGAAUGUGCAAGCAGGGACUGCCAUGUGCACCCCAUGGACCUGCAGAUGGCCAUUUUCCACUGUGCUGAUGAUUUCCUGAGACAGACCCUUGCAACCAAGCUGGCGUUCUGCCAACUGUCGCUGCCUCUGCUGCUGCCCAACCCGGGCACUUCACAGAUCGAGUUCCCGCUCUAUGCCCUCAGCCAAAUCCAAAGGAGCUGGAAAGAGACAGAGAAGUCAGGAAAGCAGGCCCAAACAAAGAGUUACAACAACAAACUCAUCUUCCAGGCACAGACUCCCAUCGUGUCCUUCAUCCGCAUUGGCAGCUCGGCCUCCUCUUCCAAGUCUCAGCUCCUGAACGCUCUGCUGAGCAAACGCAAACACGACACUUUCUUCCACCGCCACUGCAGAGGCAGCACCAGAGAGCGUUUGCUGAUGGAAGGGGUGGUGGAGAUCGCCUGGUACUGCCCCCGUGGAAGCCCUGAUGACACCUUUGAGAGCUGCGUGGCUUUCUGUAACCUGCAUGGGGACGCCAGGGAUCACGAAGCUCAGCUGCAGUUCCUGCAGGACAUAUCUGCAGUCAACGUGGUUCUUGUAUCUGAGCUGGAGCACAUGGACAACAGGGGGAAAAAGCUUCUGGAGGACCUGUGGCAGUCACAAAGGCCUUUGAUUUGUCUUCUCACGGAAAAAGAGAAUGUUACUGCUGGACGAUCCAGCAAACCCAUAACAAUAGGGACCAAAAACAGAAACGAAGCAGAAGUGGUGGACCAGCUGACCAAAAUGAUCAGGGAUCUCCUGGAAGGGUCUAAUCCAUCUUUCAGCCUGGACGCCUGCGCGGACAAAGCUCGCCUGCACGGAUUCGUGGUGGAUGCAGAUCAACCUGCGUGUGUGCGAGCCAAAGCAAAGGCAAAGGAGCUGGUGGACCUUCUGAAGAAAGAGAAGCUGUCUGAGAUCAAAUCCCAGCUGCUGCCACUUCAAGGAAAACUCUGGUACCGCUGGUGUGAAAAGGACAAAGAACUCACUCGCCUGCAGGAGAAAGGGAACAAGAGCAUUGAGCAUCAUCGCAGCCAAAUUGAGUAUGAGAAGAAAGCAAUAAGAAGAAAGCAACUUGAGCAAGCUUUCCCUCUCAACCCACUGAUGAAAACAUUCCUUGGCUUUCUCCAUGCCCAGCCAGUAGAUAAUAGCCUGCCAUGGAUUAAGGGUUUUGUAUUUCCAGAUGUGUCUCAGUUUAAGCCACUUUUUCCUCAAUCUGGUUUCUCCCCAUCCUGUGGAGCAGCUCUUUAGAUUUCCAAUGAAGACAAAGAGCUAUGACCAAAACCAGCUGAAGCCAUCUCUCAGGAAAUCAACGAUUCAUCCAUCGGCCUGGAGCACCUUCUGAGAGAAGUAGGGCAGAUUUAUGAAGCUCUGGAAUUAACAAACCCCCCCCCCCCCCCCCCCCCCCCCCCCCCCCCCCCCCCCCCCCCCCCCCCCCCCCCGGGGUAUCCUGUGGAGCUGAUGGAUGGGGACGCUUCUUACCUGCCCCUGCGCUGGGUGGGAGCAAUCUUUGACAGCUUAAUUGAGAGGCUGGGGGACAAACGAGUGUUUGUGCUCUCCGUGCUCGGCAUCCAGAGCACAGGCAAGUCCACCCUGCUGAAUGCCAUGUUUGGUCUGCAGUUCAACGUCAGCGCAGGGAGAUGCACCCGCGGAGCCUUCAUGCAGCUCAUCCCAGUGGGCGAGGAGCUGCAGCAAGACUUGGGCUUUGAUUUUGUGCUGGUGGUUGACACAGAGGGACUUCGUGCCUUUGAGAGGGGAAAAAAACAAUCCCUGAAGCAUGACAACGAGCUGGCCACCUUUGUCAUUGGUGUUGGCAACUUGACUGUGAUCAAUAUCUUUGGAGAAAAUCCAGCAGAAAUGCAAGAUGUUCUCCAGAUCGCUGUGCAGGCUUUCCUGAGGAUGAAGAAAGUCAAUCUUUCCCCAAGCUGCCUCUUUGUGCACCAAAAUGUGGGAGAAGCAACUGCCAAGGAGCAGAACAUGGAAGGACAAAGGCGUUUGCAGGAAAAGCUGGAUGAAAUGACCGUGGUAGCUGCCCAGCAGGAAUUCUGUGAUGUCUCCUCCUUCAGCGACGUCAUUGGCUUUGAUGUGAAGACCCACAUUCACUACUUUGCUCACCUGUGGGAAGGAAACCCCCCGAUGGCACCACCCAACCCCACCUACAGCCAGAACGUCCAGCAACUAAAGAGCAAAAUCCUGCAGGCUGCCAAGCAGCAUUCCCAGCGCGGCAUUUUGAAGCUCUCGACCCUGAAAGAUCGUAUUGGUGACCUGUGGAAUGCUUUGCGGCAUGAAAACUUUGUUUUCAGCUUCAAGAAUUCCCUGGAGAUUGCUGCAUACAGGAAACUGGAAAGUGCCUUUAGUCAGUGGACCUGGAGGCUGAGGAGUCAAGUCUUACAUGUACAGAGGAGACUGAAUAAUAAAAUUCAGAAUAGGGCCCUGCAGAAUGUCACCAGAAAAUACCUUGAAGGGCUGAUGCAGGAGACAAGUGAUGCCAUUGACAAAGAAGUUGAAAAGUAUUUCAGGGAAGAGAAUGACCAUGAGACACUGGUCCAAUGGAAAUUAAGCACAGAGCUGAAGCUGAAAGAACUAAAAGAGACUCUGCUUGCUGAAACUAAAAGGAAUUGUGAGAAUCUUAUUGAGCUACAGAAGGAGCAGAGGAAACUGGAUGCAAGGAAGCUGGAAUAUGAAGAUGAGCUUCUGAGAAGAAGUAGGGAGCUGGCUGUGAGUCUGAAAGGGAAGAGCCUCAGUGAGAAAGAACUGAAGGACAACUUCACCUCUGUCUGGAACAGUUGGAUUGCUGAAGUCUCCUGUGCUGCUCCUACACGAGAACGGGUGGAUAUCGAUGCAGAAAUUGAAGAUGUCCUUCUAGAGCACUUUAGGGAGCCGGGUAUCUGUGAAAAGAUCGUGUCAUUUCCAAAGGACAGAACAUUUUCUUUUGAUUUAGAGAAACAUGUCACAAAGAAAAAGUUAUGUGGCGUCAUCCCAAAUCGCAGGAGCAUUUCCAAUGCUGAUGUGGAAAUCUUGCAGAGCAUAACGGGAGACAUCAUAGCGUGUGUGAGGAAAAACAUUGAUAAAAAGGAACAGGAGAAACGGGAUUACAGUCGAAAUUUUAUUCAUGAAAUACUCAAUGAAAUACAGAAAGGUGUGAACUCUGUCUCCAGCAAUGCAAAAUGUACUUUUAACAGAGAGUACAGAAUAGAUUUGUCUCUGUAUCUGUGCAGAAUGGCAGCAGAAAGGUUUAAAGCCAUGCACGAAGCAUUCCAAAAGGCAAAUGACCCAGUUGUGUACCUGCACAGCAAGAGAGAAGAUUUCUUCCAGUGUUUCCAGAUUUCCUGCCAAGGAGCCAGUUCAAUUACAACUUUUGCUCUUUUCCUUUGUGACAAGAUUCAACCAGCUCUUCGCCAGGCAGUCUUUGAGAGGACUGCUAAAGACAUUGCUGAGGACAUGAAGAGCAAAUUCCCAGACUUCAGAGGCAACAGAGCCAAUCUGGAAGUUUGCAUCCUGAGAUACCUGGCAGAACAAGAAAAUUUUGAGUAUUUCAAGCAGUACCUUACAUCUCCAAAACAGUUUUUUCAGAGUUACAUUGAGAGACGAGUUAAGAGUCAUUGUUUAUAUGAGAGUAGGAGGCUGAGGAUGUUUUUAUAUUCCUCACUUGAUUCUCUCUAUGAAAAUAUUCUGUCAGCUGUUUCUUUAUCAACCCAAAUUGUCAAAGACAGAAAAGACAGACAAGACAAAAUCUCUCUUUGGCUGGAUGAAUUCUGCGGGGAACUGGCAGAAGUGAUCAACUUGCCCAGAAGUGACCUGAAGGGCAUCGAGCACCAGGAGGUCACAGACAUCGAGUUCCUGGACAGUGCCAUGGCAGAAGCUCUUAUUGUCAUGAGGGAGAGGCUCAUGAAAGACAUGUCUGAUGUUGACAUGACCUCGUUUGCAAGGCAGCCUCACACCAUCCUGGCAGAGCAUUUUUCGGGGUGCUGGGAGCAGUGUCCCUUUUGUGGGGCUGUCUGCACAAACACCAUGCGGGAUCAUGAUGGAGACCAUCAGCUGGUCUUCCAUCGCCCACAGGCUUUGAGAGGAUACACGUGGUGGGUAUAUUCCCAUGACAGGUGGCACGAUACACAUGAAUUGUCCAUUGAUAUUUGUUCCAGCUAUGUUGCAAGCAACUGUAGUUUUGGAGUCAAUGAACACCACUAUAUCCCUUACAAAACAUACCGUAAAGCUGGACCUCCUUUUUCUACGUGGAACAUUCUUCCAGAUUCAUCCAUGCAGGCAUACUGGAAAUGGUUUGUGUCUCAUUUCAGGACAGAGCUGGAAGCGUUCUGCAAGGGGAAAUUUCAGGGCAGAGGAGUAAUCCCUGAGGCGUGGCGGAGAAUUACCAAGCAGGAAGCACUGUCUGAGCUGGAGCAACGUUAGGUCGUAUCCAUGGGAAGGAAGAACCACAGUGGCUUGGCUGUUUAGUGGAAUUUUGUACCAGGUUCUCCACAAAAUGCAGUUACAAUGGCAACGCUUUCAAGCCCAAGGAAGACAAUGGUAUCCAAUUGUUCCCAAAUUUGGUGAAAUAAGGCGCAUUACUGCAGCUGUCACUCAACAACUCCCUUGCUUCCUGAGAAAGCCAGAAUCCUCCUGCCUUUGUGCCAUAAACAUUUCCCUCUGCUUUGUCCUAGAGCCAAACCAAACCCCUCCUUGGGGAGAUCAGCCUCGUGGCCAAUCCUGACUUCAAGGGCCAGGGCAAAGGCAGCACUCAAAGCACCCCUUGGCUCAGCUGCUGAGACAAGAAGGGACUGUUGGAGUGUAAAAACAGAGGGCUCUCUGAGUCCCUAAGA